AUGGUCAAAUUUGAUGAUGAUUCGACAGAACGCGGCCGAAGCGUUUUUGAAUCUAACUCCAUGCAGAAACAGGCGACAACACAUACUACAAAAGCUGAGACUUCGAGCGCCGCUUUAGAUCAAGCCACAUCCGACUUACUUAAUUUAACUCAAGUGUAUCCAACGAUCUCUUACAGUUCGUCCGCACGACUAAAUCCGCCUGCCGAUCGGAUACAAAAAUCGGCUUCUACUAGUUCAGACGGAGGACUGUUUAAAAUAGCUAACGUGUUUACGUGGGAUGCAGCACGAUUAGAUGAUAGUCAGAUUUCGAAUCCGUCACCUUCUCCACAGAUUAAUUCUGAUAUCUUAGAGAGAAAGCGAUAUCGAAGAACCGAUGACACUGUUUUCAAAGAAAAUAUGAAGCCCCCUCCGACAAUAGAAACAGCAGUUGAAGGCAAAAUGCAGAUAGAGAAAGUAGUGGGCGCAAAGUUAGCGAAGGAACACAAGCGAUAUGAUACUGGUUGGACAAUACGAGAUAAAACUGUACAUUAUAAGGUAAAAACGAUGCAGGGAAACAGGACUGUAGUUAUGGAAGAAGAUAAAUUGUCUUCAAGAAGUAAAGAUGGGGCAAAUAUGAAAGUCAGCAUUUACGAGGACGGAAAUCUAAAAGCAGAACAAAAUGCUGAAGUACAAUUGCCGCCUGAUGUGGAUAAAGCUCGAUACUACUAUGCCCUUGGCGAAAAGCUACUUCAAGACAUUAACCAACUAAACCAAAGCGAAAGAUUUGCUACAAGAAAAGUAAGAACCCGAGUUGAGGUGGAAGUAAUAGAGGAUAUUACCAGAAUAUCAAAAACUUACUUAAUAGGCGAACGAGCAGAAAUUUCUGAGCAACAUUCUGAACAGGUUGCUCUUAGCAGUACAGAAGACGUCACGAAAAAUUAUAAUUACGAAGAAAGUGCAGACCAAAAACCCCUAAUGCUUGAGACGUAUAGAUCCGAUACCAGCUAUCAAGAUUCGCUAGAACGUCGAGAGAAGAAAAAAGAAGAGAGAAAGAUCGAAAUAAGAAAAGAACCGGAAAAUCAACAACUUGCCAAAUAUCAAGCCAAAUUGGAGCAGAAAAAAGUGCCUCGAUGUGCACAUCUGUUUGCCGAGUGUGAGCUGGAACGAAAGAAUGACUCGUCAAACGUCAAUGUCGCUGUUCUGAUACCAAACACGUUGAUAUUUGACCGUGACAAAAACAAUGAAAGGUUCAGAGAGCCUACAAAAACAGAACUAAAGAUGAGGAUUCACGGAAGGCAGUUCUCAGCUGAAGAUGAAAUUUACAGUAAGUUUAAACGUCAAAUAUCUUCUGAGUCAGAUGAAGAGUAUCCUCUAACAGUUAGUACUGUUAGCCGGUUAACUCAAGAGGGUAAGACAUUUGUUGACAACAAAAAACAUAGGACUAUAAGGAAGUUUGUAACAGAAGACAGCACGGAAUUCCCAGAAGAGGAAAAACAAGCAGAUUUUGAGCUAACGCGCCUGCCAGACGUUUCCCGCUUUACCUUUACCAUUGCUAUUCCACAAACAACGACACUUUCCUGUUCCGGUGUCAGUGAAAGCAAUGACUAUGGUUCACAGCUACAAUAUUCUAGAAAAGCAAAAAUUGAUAAAGAGGAGCAAAAGAUUACUGUGAUAGAAACUCAAGUUUCUUCAUCCGAUACCAAGAAUUAUGCUGAAGGAACACCUAUUAUGAAGACUGGAACUGUAACAGUCAACGAAACUUCAAAUUCUUUUGACGACGUCAUGUUGGAACAACAAGGUCAAAAUUACACCGGGGCAUCUACUGUUCAACGAUUUAAACGUUUUGAGAGCGCAAUUAGCGAAGAAGAUGAAACACUUUCAAAGUAUGACCAAAAUAGGCUUGCAAAAGAUGUCGACGAACAGAUUUUUAUUCAACAGACAGCAGGAAAAACUGAUCUUAGUUUGGCCUCUGUAACUACAGCUGGUAACAUUCAAUUUUCAAAGAAGGAGUCCCAUGGCCACCAUGAAAUAAGAGUCUUAAUUCCAAGACCGUAUCAACCAAUCCAGUUCAAACUACAACAAGAGCAAAUUUGUACAACUGAACUUGCUGCUGUUAUUUCCAGUAAUGCUGAAAUACAGAUGGAGGAAUAUGUCACACUACGUGCAGCCAAUCAGUGGAAGGAAAAGUACAACACGAAACAGGCCGAAGAAGAAACGGCGUCUGUCUUGUUAGGGGUAAAAAAGAACGUCCCUCAAAACGAAAUCCAUCAAGCUGCAGACCACAAUUUAUCAGGUUUACUGAGAGACAAAGUAACAAAAACACUAAAAGAAUCUGAAGAGCAGGAGGCAAUCGUAGUUUACCGUUUGGAAAAAGAACAUAAAAGUAUAGCCGAUACCAGUACCGUUUGCAAAGAAAGUAAUACUCAUACGGCAAUAUUGCACACAGACGCAGCUGAAACAGAAGACGUCGUUAUAAAAACGUCAAUUGUCUCCUCAUCGCUUAUUAGUGAAGAAGCAGGUUUAACAGUAAAAGCUGCAAACAGCUUCAAGAUGAUGUUUUCGUGCCAAGAAGCUGCUGUUGAACAAACCUCAAGUCUAAUUUACAUUGAAAAUGAGACACCCGAAGUAGCAACCGUCCCAGAAGUGAUCCUUAACCAAAGUAGAUGGUUUAAAGGUUACGAGUUAGAAACGUAUGAAUCGACAGAACGCAAUGUAAUGCAUGAGUUAGCCAUUGCUAGCCAACAACAGCAAAACUGUAAUGUUGAUCAACCGCUUCAAACGACCAGGAGAGAAUCCGUUCACUUGAAGACUUUUCAGUCCGAAAGUGAAGAGAAGAAUUUAGUGCUGUCAUUAAACAGAGUUGGCGAAGCAAAAAAUUCGACAGUCAAAUUGAAAAGUAAUAUUAUUGAGGACAACGUGAUCAACGUCUCGGAAUUUGGAAACGAAAACGAAUAUAUUUCCGUAAUGAUGCGCAAGGCUGGUGCAGCACAAGAUCAUGUUGCUAGCGAUUGGCCAGAACCAGUGAAAGUGGAUAGACGAAGAAAAGCGAGUAGAGAAGGUUUUGAAGAAUUGACGGAAAAUUUGGAAGCGCCAGAAAUUGAGAAUGUCACUAGGGCUACCUGGGGAAUUCAAAGCGAUGUUAAGAAAAGCGAAUUCGACAAACACUUAGAAGAAAAUGUGAAAUCUAUGAAAAAAACUGUAGCGCACUACGAAAGGGAAACUGAACAGUUUCAGAAUGUUUCUGGACUAGAAGGUAGAUAUAAUAAUGAGCAGAAAAUAAACUUGAGAGAAGCUCGAAUGGCAAUGCUACUGGCGGGCAUGGAUUUAGACACAACUUUACUUGUUACACCAGAGUACGUGUCCCUUGAAGAAGAUCUUCACGAAGCAGAUUAUUUUUCUGAAAAUUCUGCGUACGAAUUCGACAGGGUAGGAGAUGAGAGGUUUGCGUUUUCUGAUUUUCCAUCAGAUGAAAGAUUAGACACUUCGUCUUCUUUAGACGGCCAAUCAGAUUAUUCCGAAAUUACUUUUCACAUCUGUAAAAAAAGGAGAAAGGUUUACGGGAUGAACGAAAGACAGCAGACUGACGAUUCCUCCUCAGCAGCCAUUUUAAAGACCGACUGGAGCGAAUCAACUAAAAAAAGUCACAAUGCGUUUUAUACAGGACAAGAACAACACCUUUAUGAAUCCAGUGGUAGUACAACGUUGUCCCAAGACCGGAGAGCCUCUGAGGACUAUCAGUCACUCUUUUACGCAGAGAGUAGCAUUAGUGAACAGAGUGAAGCAUUUACAGCGCAGCGAACAAAACCAAUUCAAGUCACUGAUCAAGAAGAAUACUCCUCUAAAAAAGACAUCUUGAUAACGAGAACAGAAACAAACGCAGACAACGUAUCCUUGCAGAAAGAAGUGACUACCCCUUCGUUUGCCUCACUUGCCGAGAUGGAGAGUUUAAAAACAAGAGUCACCCAUGAAAAUCAAGAGUAUGUAGGUGCUGUAUGCUCUAGCAAAACAGAAGUUGCGAAAGAAAUGCAGUAUAGUAGGCAAGAAAUGUUUAACUUGAACGAGGAAGCACAAAAAAAUCAGGAAAUUAGGCAUUCUUCGGUAUCCAGUAAGCCUUUUCAAGUUGAAAUUGUAACGCAACAAGCAAGCUACUCACAAGAACAUACUGCUGAAAAAGAUUUUCGCAUUAAAAAAUCUUAUCUAGAAGGCGACAUCCGAUUUGUGGAACGUAAACAAGAGGUAGCUGCAGAAACUAAACAACAUAGCGAUUUAGAAAAAAAGGACAUCACUGAGACGGAGGUAUUUCAUGGCAAACUGUCUGAAUAUCUUACUGAUGAACAAGCGGAAACUUCUAGAAAGUUAAUAUCUGACUACAAAGCUGAUGUAUCAAUUAGGAAUCAGAAUGAGGAGUACGAGCAGGCAAAAAGAACUACGCUUUCAGAAGUUGAGAAAACAACAGUUUCGGAAACAGGAGAAGUGAGGGAGUUUCAGCCAAGUGUAAGAUUUUCUAAAGUUGAACAACAGCAUGUAGCAUUUGAAGACUCUGAAGUUAAAAAGCAGCAUAGCAAGUAUUCUUCUAAAGAUUUUAGUGAAGGGCAGGGUAGCGCCAUACAAUAUCAAACAGAGGAAGAUACAAAGAUGAAGACAGCGGAACUGCGAGCAGAACAGGAGAGUACUAAAGUAGAGCAAGUUCAAAAAAUAGCCGUCCAAACGAGACUUGAUGAUGAGCAUAGGAAAGAUAAGGAUACUGUUUAUGAGACUCGCAAAAGCUCUGAAUAUGAUUUAUCAGCACACCAACAAAUAUCUGAGUCAGUUCAAGAUGCGGUUUCAAGGAAUGUUUAUAAUGCUUUUGAGUCAACGUCUGACGAAAUCGGAGCUGUGACUGCUAGACGACGUUUUGUCGAUGCUUACUUCCAAGAAAAGCAAACUGCUAAACAGAUUGAAGGGUCGACUUUAACGGGUACUUCCAGCGUGGUUAAAGGCAAUCUGAAUUUGGAAAAAGAUCGUAUAACUGAACUUUCAAAUGAGAUUACCCUGAAAGAUUCCUACGCUGAACGUGCAGUUUUGUAUACGGAGGUGAAAGAAGAAAAAAAAGUAGUCGUUGAGGAAAUUGAGCAGCAUGCGUUUGUUGAAAUAUUCGUUGCCGAAAAGGACUGGCGUUCUGAACUUGAGCAGAAGUGGUGUAAGCGAACAGAUAGAGAAACAUGGACAUUACAGAAAGAACUAGACACGUCUGUUACAAUCCCUGUGGGAAAAAUCCAGAGAACUGCUUUAACGGCUGCAGCCUCUGAAGAAAGAUCACAAACAUGGGAGACAUCCUUUAGCAAACUGCUACACACUGAAAACUGCAAGUAUACUAGGGGUAUAGCGAGAAGGGAAACUCUAUGUUUCAUAAUAACGACAACGCAGUACCAUGCAGAAUUCAAACUUCCAGAAAAGACUGCAUCAAUGAGUGGCAUAGCAACUGAUAGUUAUUGUGAAAAAGUAAUGGCUAAAAUAAAAGAAGUGCAAAGCAAGGAAUGUAAUCUACACUUUGAUCGAAUACAUUUAAGAACGCCAACAGAAAAGGCCUCACUGGUGAUGAAGACACCUAGGUCUUGGAAGGAAAACUUCCUCUGCGAGGCAGCAAAAAGUCUUCGGCGUGAGAAUACCUUCGAUUUGGCUCGUAAAACUGAACUUGUCGAUGUUGAAUACACGUCUCUUAUAAAAGUAAAGGAAACAAUAAAGUAUAAUACUCAUGCCAGCAAGAAGGUAGAUAUGUAUUAUUCAGUGCCGCUAAAAAAGAAUGAACAAGAAACUAACGCUAAUGUUGUCUGCGUUGGUUGGAACCAUGACAGAGCAGAACCUCGUUAUUUAAGAGAACCUGAACGCAUGAACGCCUGGGACGUUUUUUGGGUUUCAGUAUUAAACCAGCUUGAUACUGAAGUAGCACACAGCAGAGCAUUAACGGAAUGUGCAAGGCUAGAAACUGUAGAGGCAAAAGAAGUUCAUGGUACCUAUCAUGAAGUUAUUGAAAAAUUCAGCGGACGAAAUGAAUCAACAACGACUCUACGAGAAAGUGUAAAAUCUCAGGAUCAAAGGCAGUUCGAAAUAGCAGAAGGAGAAGUUCACGCUUUAGCAGGAAAGGCAAUGACCGGAACAGGAACCGGCAGAGUACUCAUUGAAAAACAGUUAGCAACAACAGAAGGAAAGUUCAUCGAAGCUGCUACUAUUCAGAGAGAAUCCGAUCUUGUGUUUCUAAAACAAAGAGCCAAAAAAACCAAUGAAGAAGCAGUCCACGUUGUAAAUUUAAGUACAACACUGGCACAAAGCUUUGAAACCCUUUUUGCAAAAACCGCUGUCUUAUUUUACGAUGCCGAACUUUCUGUGGAAUAUCCAGAACACAAUGUACAUGAAAUUAAACCUCUGAAAUUAAAGGAAAAUAUUAGCUUGAAUACCGCUCAGGCAACAACAGCAGAAAUGAAAAAAAAUGUUGAACUGCAGAAAAGUUCUGAACUAAAUGAAGACGUACAAGACGUCUUUCAGCAGUCUGCAAAACAUAGAGUCAUUCGAAGUCUAAAGGAAAGCGAAGAUAAAGCUUAUGAACUUUUGGCAGACUGGAGAUCAGUCGAAACAGAUUUAUUGGUGGAAAAGAAGCUGUAUGAUGUCUGUUUUGGGAAGCACAUGAUAUCAGUUACUGAGAGCUCUGAAGAGCACGUAGCAUUAUUUCAAAAUAUGGGAACCGAAGAACAGUUUGAAGAAGCGGAGUGCACCGUCAAGGUGGAAGUGCGAGAAGCUUGCAUGCUCAGACUGGGAAUCGAAAAUGAUUUCCUGAACAUUCGCAUGGAGAAAUUUCCUAAAUCGGAAAGAACAAUUAAGUAUUUAAAAACUAAACGUGGAAUUUCGGUUUGCAGAAAUCUAGGCGAAUCCGUUUUGAAUAAAAUUAAUAUAACGGUGAACAUACAAAGGUUGCCAAUCAAUAAUUAUAACCAACACGUAAACAGGUCCUGGAAUGAUCGUCUGUCUGUUUCAGCAACACCUCUUCGGUUAAGAUGCGAAGCGUCAGAAUUAGUUGCAGUUUAUACCGAAGAGGAUCUCUAUCGACAAACAGAUUACAACAAAACUCAGAUCACUUUCACCACCAGCAACAUAGCAACUCCGCUUCUUUUUGAAUGCGAACAAGCAGGUAACGAAAGAAGUAACUUACUGAUUGAUUUACAUGGAGGGACAGGCGGAACUGCCACUGCUGCUUAUAUAUGGCCAGAUGUUAGGAUGGAACCAAGCCUUAGCAUUCACUUAGCUGAAUUCGAAGAGGAGGAGGCCUGGCUGCUUGCAAAUGUCAAUACGCUUGCUACAAGUUUCAUGGCUGCCUCAAGUACAGUAACCAUAGCCAGAAAUCACGAACCUCUUAGGUUAACAACAAAACAAGUGGUAGAAGAAGCUACAACCACUGAGGCUGACUGGGAGGUACCGACAUUGAGGGAAGAGAUACAACAAACAGUAAAAGUUUCCAACCGGGGAACAAAUAUUGUCCUACGCUUCGAAGAAAGUCAAGAAACGAAUGUUACCGCUGGAUUUUAUUUCAGUCACGAAGAACAAACCUUAUUAACUGAAGCAAUAAGCAAAGAGAUUCGAAAUGGUGGUCAGUAUCAGUUGAAUACUGCAGCAGCUGAGGAAGUUUUCAAGACAAUGAGCAUAAGUUUGUUAAAGAGAAGCGAAGCGGAAGCAGGAAGGCAACGGAUGGUUCAGAAACAGCAAGCAGCUAUAUCAGUAAACAUUGCGGCAAGUACUACGCAAACGAUCUACCUCGAUAAGGUCCUAGCUCUAACUGAAAAACGAUUUGGAGCGUUCCUGACUAAAAAUGCGCCCAGACGUACAGAACCCAUUUUGGUUUCUAUGCGCGAAACCACCAGCAGUACCAUCAUUACAAAUGCUCAGUAUACAAAAUACACUUAUGGUGAAUCCUACAUUGGAAUACUAAAGGAGGCCAAUUAUGGAGGACACUUCACAUUGGAGACAGAUUAUGCUGAAGAAAUAGUUUUUAACGUGGACUGCUUAUUUAGAGCAGACGAAAGCUUUGCUGUUGCAAAUAAAUGCCUUACCUCUGCAAACGUAAUCGAAGGCCGCCUACUGAAUACUCAAGCAUCACAGUUAGCUGAAUGUAGUACAAGUACUGAGCUCCUACGAGAAGAACACACUCAAAAAGUUGCUUUCACCUCUAAGAGUGCCAAUAAGGGUGAAAAUGUUGAAGUUGACGUUAUUGAAACCAAACAGGUACAAGGAACUACAUAUUUAAAUUUUUCGAAAAAGGUAUCAAGUGCUGUUGCAAGUUCUAUUUUUGCACUCCCCAACUACGGGGGUAAAUUCGUAGUUGAACUAGACGAAAGUGAAGAAAACUAUGUUAACGUCGUAUACCAUAUGCAACCACAAAAACAACUGAUAUGUAGUUGUGAGAAAACAGUCGCUUCAUCAAAUAUCGAAGUACCACUGCAACUUAUAACAAAAGCCUCAUGUACCAGCAACAUAAAUGUACAGCUCAAUUUGAUGCAUCAAGCUGAUGUCUAUGGAGCAUUAACAACGGCAAAAGAAAAGAACAUCACAGUUGUCCGAUACGACGCAAAGGAAAGUGAAAUUGCAGAAAUUAAUAUCUUUUUUUACUUUACGGAAGAACCAAGUUCAGAGGUUGCAGAAGAACUGUUCGCUACGCCCAGAAUUGCAGGCCCUCUGCUUGCAAACUUAUCUGCAAGUACUCUGGAAGAAGUCUACGGAGAUUAUCGAUUAGAAAAAAUCUAUCCGAAAAUGUUAGCUGUAAUCCGGUCGUUUGACUCUCCAAAUUUUGGACCAUCCAUUACCAUGUCAACUAAUCAGUCUACAGAGAUAAAAACAAUAUCAGACAUCUUGCUUCACCGAAACCUUGACGAACAAGAAAUUUUCAUUAUCCACCGUACAGGUAACAAAGGUCAGAAUACAGUUUGGAACAUCUGUGAAAGCAAAGAAACCGAAGAAAUAAUUACUUGUCAGUACAGGAAAGCAGGACAGGAAAUGACCAUGCAGUACACUGUCAAUAUACCUUUUUAUGGAGGCAGCAUUCUCCUGCACUCUGAAGCCACAAAAGAUACUCAGGCAGUUUGCUCUUACAGUUUAAUUCCUACUCAAAAUCGUUAUGCUAACAGUUCCUUGGUUAUUAAGCACAGCAACCAGUCAGAACCAUUCGUUUUUGUCACUAAAGCAUCGGUACUAGAAGAGUUGGUGCUAAGGCAUUUGAUGCAACGUGCAAAUGCCAUUGCCUCCACAUCUCUUGUUCGAAAAGACAUCAGAAAAGCGGAGAUUCAGACAAACUUCAUAGAAAGCACCACAGUUGACAAAUCUACAAAUAUACAGUUUUACAAAACUGCUGAUAAUUUCUACGAUACUUUUAGUGUGAAUGUAAAACGGUUCGGUGGUUCGCUGACGAUGUCAACCAGAUUUGCAAGCGACGAAGAGAUUAAUUGCAUUCUCACUUUAGCUGCCAUUCGAAUUGAGGCUGGCCAAGGAACAUUAAUAUUUCAUAUUCCUAAUAUAGGUGGCAGCAUGCUGUUACAUAAAGAAUAUGCCCGUGAGGAAGCGACACUAGAAAGGAUUAAUCUGAGUCGAUUAGAGAUGUUUGGUUACGCAGAGACAGAAGUUAAAACUUCACGACAAGAGAAAUUCAUUGGAGAAAAAAUAACCGAAGUUUUGCUGGAAGAAGAGACCACAAAUGCACAUUAUUAUCAAAGAUCAUCUGGUGCUACGAUAAACAAAAUUUUGAAUCAGAGCAACUACGGAGGCACGACGUCACUGUAUACAAAUGCAUCGAGCGAAAAAACGACUCAACAUUUAAUGCUAUUUGAAAAUGAAAAUCAGCAGUUAUAUCGGUCAGAGGUGGUUCUUCGGACAGUUAAUAAAGGUGAACCAGUAGAACUUUUUGCUUAUGGAACAACUUCAGAAUGCACUGCGACUACAUUUUCUCUACAAAAAAGUUCAAACAUUGCGCACAAACAUAUUUCAUUACUGACUCCACGACUGGGAGAAAAACAGGACCUAAGAAGCUUCGAAUCACAGUCAGUGGAAUUCAACAACAACACCCAGUUUAGAAAGGAAAUUCAAGACUGUUUAGGAGUAGAAAAAAUCUUCAGAGAGGGACGAUAUGGAGGUAAUGCUCAUUUACUUACAAAAUAUGCUGCCGAAACAACUGUCUUCGGCGAACAACACUGUACCAAAUCUGAUCGAGUAGGCGAGGCAUUAUUUACUAAAGAAAUACCCACAACUGCUGAACCACUAAUUGUUUUCUGUACUGCGACCGAAGAAAGCAAACUGUACAUAAAUUACAAUUUUAGUUCUCAUCUUGAGUCAAAAAUAGAUGCAAAGUUAAUAUACGUUAUACCAAACAGCGAAAAAGCUUUAGAAUAUAAUGUCGCAGAGACGACAGAAGUAGAUCAGACGAGUAAUUUCUCACUCCAAAAAACCCGACAACAUCAAGAAUUCAAAACGACACUGACUGAAAAGACAUUUGGGGGUAGAAAAGAGUUUAGUUGUGAAGCGGCCACUUCUGUGGCACAAAACUUCAUGAUAACACUGAAUCAGCGAUCAGCAUUUGCAGAACAACAGUGCACUCGUUCAGACUUUAGGCUAGAGCAUGCAGCUAUAGACUGUGCUUCCUCUAAAGUAGAAAACCAAAAUGGUCAGUGGUCUCUGCAAAAAUCCACAAAUCGUAUUUGUGCUACCAAAAUAAUUCUCUCAAUCCCUGCCCGCGGUGACUCUGUAACGUUGAGUGCAAUGCAAACAGAAGAGAGCAUUUUUAAUAUGGACGUGCAGCUUGAGAAACAAACCCCUCAGUUUACUUUCAUUUGGACAGCAGUAGACAAAAGAACAGAAAUAAUUCCACAGCUUGGCACCAAAGCUUCACAGAUAACUAAUGUGGAAAUUACAAAAGUGGAAAACCGAAAACGAUUAAUAGACUUGCAAACCGACCUUACAAUUUAUCGCGAUACAAGAACCAUAACCCCUGUAUUUUUCAUAACAGAUUAUGCAAAAGAAUCACUUGUACGUAAAGACGAAACAAUGGAAAGUCGCGAAUCACGGCACCAGCAACAAACCUUUAGCAAGUUGACUGAGGUAAUCAGUGAAUCCGAACAGCUGGUAUGUGCCGCUCCAGUAAAGGUCGAAUUCCGACAAACUGCAGAAAUGAAUGAACUAAAGGAGGAAAAGACAGAAAAACGGGUAAGCUUUGCCGCUGAAGUUACAGAAAAAACAAUGACGAUGGAUAUGAGUAUGACUGUUGAGAGAAGAGAGGCUCCAUCUAUAAUCAAAAAACCGAUGAAGAAAGAACAACGAGGACGACGACACUCUUUAAAGAUGAACGAAGCUCCGAACUUUGUUCCUAUUCGACGAAACAGUCUUCUGAUGGCAAUGAACAUCGGAAAUCCUCACAACAUUCCUCAUUUCAAAACACUGCAAGACGUAAUUAAAGGCAUCAAAAAGGCCGGUCUCGAGUACUCCAACUUGAUUUUUGGUAUUGAUUACACAAAAUCUAACUUCUAUCAAGGCGAAAAAACUUUUGACGGCCGUAACCUUCACUGUUUGAGCUCGGACGAAAUGAACCCCUAUCAACAGGUUAUUGAAAUUGUUGGUAGGACGCUGUCUUCAUUUGACGCUGAUGGUGUCAUUCCAGCAUACGGCUUCGGGGAUGAAGAGACAACAGACCAAGCAAUAUUUAACAUAUAUGAUAGGGACGACCCCGAUGCCGAAUGUAAUGGUUUCGAAGAAGUGUUGAAAAUAUACAACGAAAGGACACCGUUUAUUCACAUGUCCGGUCCAACAAACUUUGUGCCUUUAAUUGAAAAGGCAGUUCAAAUCGUUCAAGAGAAGCAGUCCUACCAUAUUCUCGUGAUUGUAGCUGAUGGGCAAGUCACCAAUGAGAAGAUCAAUCAAAAGGCGAUCGCAGCUGCUUCACAUUACGCACUUUCCAUAAUAAUGGUCGGUGUUGGAGACGGUCCCUGGGAUAUGAUGACUAGGUUCGAUGAAACUCUUCCCAAACGCAUGUUUGAUAAUUUCCACUUCGUCGAUUUUCAUAAGGUAAUGUUUCAUACACCCAAUCAAGAAGCAUCUUUCGCGCUGAACGCAUUAAUGGAAAUACCUGACCAGUAUAAAGCAAUAAAAGAGCUGGGAUACUUGAAGCACACUCGACGAGGUUAG